CCUCGAAAUCUAGGGCUUUUUUUUUUGUAGAUUUGAAAUUUGAACCAUAUGUUUUAGUAUCUGAAUUUCGUUUAUGUUCUAUUAUUGGGUCCAUCUGAUUUUUCUAAUCAGAUAAAUCAUAGGUUUUGCAUAACUGGUUUUUAUGAACUCACCACCAUAACAUAAUCUUUCUUUUAUUUUAGCAAAAAAAGGAAAAACAUAAUCUUUGCUUUUUUUACUUCUGCAACUCUCCAUGCAUCGAUCUCCAUAGUUUUUUUUUUUAAAUCUAUUUAAUGCUUUUGUUCCUCGACACAAACCAAGAACACUGCGUUAUUCUUUUUUUUUUUGUAAAAAAAAACACUGCGUUAUUCUUAGUCUGAUUAUUCGCACUUUUACCCAGGGUUUUGUUUCUUCUUCCUAUGAUGCUUUCUGAACCUGAUAAAAGAUUCGGUAGGAAAACAGAAGAGAGACUUUGAUAAUAAAGAAAAAUGCAACGUGUCAGAUUUAUAAGCAAGUGGAGCCUCAUCUCUCCUUUUAUUUUAUUUUUUUGGUGGCUGUUUUGCUCUUUCAUGUUUCCCUUUAAUCACUUGAAAGUUACCAACUUAAGAAGCAAACUAGGUAUCUUCUCAUUCAGUGCAUGUCUUAAGGCUCUGUUUUAUACAGUUUCACAGCUUAUGCUUCAACAACACUCUGCUUGUUUAUACUUUUUGCAUCCAAUAAGGAUCUAAGACUACUUUUUUUUUGAAGUCUUUAAUGCCCUUGUGGUGACUACAGUCAGAUUUGAUUUGCGAGAAGAAGAGAGCAGACCAAUCUUCAGAAACCUCUUGUGUUUCUAAAAAGGAGAAAUGAAGUUUAUGAAACUUGGAACCAAACCGGAUUCAUUUCAGUCUGAUGAAGAUUGCAUAAGGUAUGUAGCAUCUGAUUUAGCAACCGAUGUAGUUGUCAACGUUGAAGAUGUGAAAUUCUAUCUGCACAAGUUUCCUCUGCUCUCAAAAAGUGCUCGUCUUCAGAAACUGAUAGCUGCAACGGUCGACGAACAAUCAGACGCUGCUGAGAUAAACAUACCCGAUAUUCCAGGAGGCCCUCCAGCGUUCGAGAUAUGCGCCAAGUUCUGUUACGGUAUGACCGUAACACUCAACGCUUACAACGUUGUAGCUGCUCGUUGCGCUGCUGAGUAUCUCGAGAUGUACGAAUCUAUCGAGAGCGGCAACCUUGUUUACAAGAUCGAGUUUUUCUUGAACUCGAGUGUUUUCAGAAGCUGGAAAGACUCCAUCAUCGUUCUCCAGACGACAAGAACGUUACGUCCCUGGUCCGAAGAUGUGAAGAAGAUCGAUGUGAGAUGUUUGGAAUCAAUCGCUUCGAAAGCUGCAGUGGAGCCAGCGAGAGUAGAUUGGUCUUAUACGUAUAACAGAAGGAAGGUUAGCAACGACAACGGUGUGGCUAGAGAUUGGUGGGUCGAGGAUCUCGCCGAGCUAAGCAUUGAUUUAUACAAAAGAGUUGUUUCUACGAUCAGAAGAAAAGGCGGUGUUUCGCCUGAGGUUAUAGGAGAAGCUCUUGAGGUAUAUGCUGCCAAGAGACUCCAAAUAGAUGAUGAUGAUGACGUGGACGAACAGAGGUGUUUGUUGGAGACACUGGUCUCGUUGUUGCCUUGUGAGAAACAGAGUGUUUCUUGUGGGUUCUUGGUUAAGCUGUUGAAAUCAUCGGUUUCUCUAGAAGACGUGAGGAGAAAGUUAAGUAGGAGAAUAGGAGAGAAGCUAGAGGAAGCAAGUGUGGAUGAUCUCUUGAUCAGAGCUUCUUCAGAAGGAUGUGAAACCGUCUAUGACAUUGACAUUGUUGAGACUUUAAUCGAUGAGUUUAUAAUUACACAAACACAUAAAAGAGACGAGCUUGAUUGUUCUGUUUCAGACAGCUCUAAAACAAUUGUCGCCAAGCUAAUUGAUGGUUACUUAGCUGAGAUCUCGAGAAUCGAACCAAAUUUCUCAACUUCAAAGUUCAUUGCAAUAGCAGAGAAGGUUUCUUGCUUCCCAAGAUCGUCACACGAUGGAGUUUAUCGUGCCAUUGACAUGUUCUUGAAGCAACAUCCAGGAAUAUCAAAGAGUGAGAAGAAAUCGAUAUGUCGAUUAAUGGACUGCCGGAAACUAUCACCGGAGGCAUGUGCUCACGCUGUGAAAAACGAGCGGUUACCUUUACGUGUCGUUGUACAGAUACUCUUCUUCGAGCAGGUUCGCGCCACCGCGAAGCCUUCUCUUCCAGCUAGCGGCUCUCACGGGAGCUCGAGGACGACGACGGAAGAAGAAGAGUGCGACUCAGUAACAGCCACGGAGGAGACGACGAGAGACAAGACAAGUAGUUCUGAGAAGACCAAGGCUAAAGGAGUUGUGAUGUCACGGAUUUUCUCGAAGCUUUGGGCUGGUAAAGACAGAGAUGGUGUUGGAGAUGUUAGUAGCUCGGAUACUAGUGAAAGUCCUGGCUCAGCCACCACCACCGUCGAUGAUAAAUCGACACCGUCCACUCGCCGGAGAAGAUCAUCCUCUUGACUUUAGACUAUUUUUGGGUUAUUGUUUCUUUCUUGAUUAGGACUCUAUAGUUUAAGCUUAAGCUUUAGAUCAAAGUUGGGGUUAAUCAUAUAAGUUUUGUUUUGGUGAUAAUACGCAUAACCCUAAGUUUUUGGUUACAAUUUUGAGAAACCUAAAUUCUAUUGUUUCCUUA